AUGGCCAGCGAAGCUACAAGCACCGCGGAUGAGUAUACAUCGCUUCUACCAAAGCCGCCCAACUUUGGCGAAUCGAAUAUCUACCAGCAUGAAGGUGAUCAUGAUGAUGGUGAUGACCCGAGGGACGAUAAUGAAAGACGUCUUGUACUGGCAGAAAUUGGCGUGCUUCUCAAAGGAUGCCUGCCGGUCAUUCUCGCCUACGUGCUACAAAAUAGUCUGCAGACAGUAUCGGUUUUGAUUGUUGGGCGGUCAUCGCCGGAGAACCUGGCAACAGCUGCGUUUUCUUACAUGUUCGCCAUGUGCACCGCGUGGCUCAUCGCUCUGGGAGGAACCACAGCUCUGGAUACCCUGGCAUCAUCUUCUUUUACCGGAAGUUCCAAUAAGCACGAUCUUGGGAUAUUGCUCCAGCGCAGCUUGUUUGUUCUCGGGCUAUUUUAUUUGCCGGUUGCCAUUCUCUGGAUGUGCUCAGAGGAUAUCUUCAUCUUUUUAGGUCAAGACCCGGAUUUGUCCAAGGACAGUGCUAGGUUUUUGACAUGCCUUAUUCCUGGCGGGUUGGGUUAUAUCUACUUUGAAUGUAUGAAGAAGUAUUUGCAGGCUCAAGGAAUCAUGAACCCUGGAACAUACGUCCUUAUGAUCACCUCGCCGGUCAAUGCCGGUCUCAACUAUGUCUUCACCUACACGUUUCAAAUCGGACUUCUCGGUGCUCCGAUUGCUACUAGUAUCUCAUACUGGCUGUCCUUUUUGUUACUCGUUCUGUAUACACGUUUCUUUGAUGGAUCUGAAUGCUGGGGUGGAUGGUCGCCCACCGCCUUUAAAAAUAUGAGCACCUUUGCCCGUCUUGCUUUCAUGGGUAUCAUCCAUGUCGGGACGGAGUGGUGGGCCUUUGAGGUCGUUGCUCUGGCUGCGGGUCGCUUGGGAACAAUUUCUCUAGCCGCUCAAAGCGUGAUUAUGACUGCAGAUCAAGUGCUGAAUACAAUACCCUUUGGUGUGGGUGUUGCUGCAUCUACGCGAGUGGGUAACCUUCUCGGAGCUAGGGAUGCCCAUGCUGCAUCACGCGCUGCCAACACUGCUGCUAUGCUUAGUAUUUUACUCGGUGGGGUGGCCUUGGCUGGCCUGAUGGGCUCACGAAACUCGUUUGGAAGAAUAUUCAAUGACGACGAUCGGGUAGUGCGCCUCACCGCCGAAGUGCUCCCUUACGUUGCAUUGUUCCAGAUUGCGGAUGGGUUGAACGGUAGCUGCGGAGGCAGUCUCCGAGGCAUGGGUCGACAGCAUGUCGGUGCAGCUGUGAAUCUAGUGAGCUACUACUGUGGUGCACUGCCAUUGGGUGUUUGGCUGGCCUUCCAUGGCUGGGGCCUGAAGGGAUUGUGGGUGGGCCAGUGCAUUGCCUUGUAUGCGGUUGGAUGCUUGGAAUGGGGCAUUGUUUAUCUGAGCAAUUGGGACAAGGAAGUGGAAAAGGCCUUUCAAAGAAUGGACGUGCAGGAUAUGCUUGAGUCUGGUGUUUGA